AUGGGACACGCUUUCUGUUUCUGCCUGCCCCACCUUUCCAUUGUUUCCUCUCGCCCGCAUUUAGCAACAGAAGCGAGAGAUUCUCCUUCUCCUUCUCCUUCCGCUUUCGAAAACAAAACCAGAUGCCAAUCGGUCUUUGUUCACGAGAACCCUCGAAAUGUGCAACCACCCACCAACAAUCCUACCCGAGUCAAAAUGUCACUCCGUCGGUCUGUGAUCGGCUCUCUACGAUCUGUAUCGCCUUUCAGCACUACCAACAACAACAAUAAUGACCAAGGCAAAUCCGUGUCGCGGACUGCGCGUACCAUCAGCGACUCCGAAUCGUGUACGAGUCAACACGCGCGUCAGCCAGGCACAGGGCUCUUCAAAAGACCUGUCGUAGGAUCUCCGGUCGCCGAAUCUACAGUCUCCAGAGUCAAUUCAUUCAAGAUAGCACGCCCAACCCCAAAUCUGCCGACGGAACCGUUUCCCAAAUUCGCAGAGUUCGAGCGCGACAUCGAUCUUAUUGCAUCAGCCCAGACCACAGCACCUGAUGUACCGGAUGUUGUGUUUGAAAAGCUGCUAAAUGUCCCCAUUUCAUCUGGUCACUCUAUACAUCCACUCUUCAAACUCCCUCCGAGUGUCCGACGACGCAUAUACGGAUACUGCUUUCCGUUCGAGCCACGAAAGAUCACACUGUCUCCAUCAUUCGCUACCAAAGCAGUCUUUUCGAAGGAAUAUUUUGCAUCGCCAUGGGACAUCAUAGACUUCGUGGCAGGGGGGAUGCAAUCAUUCAGCAUGUUGCGAAAUGAUCUGUUGACAUAUUUUUGGUCGGAAUAUCGAUUUCAUGUCACGGUGACAGAAUUCAGCGGCCCAAAGUUCUCUCCUCUUUCUCAUGUCUGGCUCAAGCAGUACCUCGGUAUGGUACAGCGGAUCACAGUUGAGGUCGACUUCACAAAGUUUGGCUGUAGCCAAUGGAAAGAUGCAAAGAAAUUCGGUUACAAUUUGGACAAGACGAGAAGCUUGUUGAAUGAAAUUGUAUGUGGUUUGGGAGAGCGGCCGGCUAAGUCAUCAAUCGCAGAGCUGCAUUUGAUGUGCAGACGGUAUGCUGGAUUUCGCCUCCAGGGCGAUACUUGGGUAGAGAGUACUAAAGAACGUUAUUGUCCUAACGAUGUCCUCAGUCUCUGCGACAGCUUGAUCCAUCUCCGCGGAGUUCUCCGGCAAUGCAGAGUGUCGGGCUUUCCUGAAGCAUACUCGAAAGAGUUAUUGAAUUCCAUCUUUAGAUAUGGCAUCAAACCCCCUGCAUAUAUCUCUCCAGGAGAUGAUGCGUGGCCACCACUGCCAUCUCGGCGACCAACAUUACUUAUGUCGGAACCGCGGACAUCUGAGCCCCCAACACCCGCAUCUAUGGUCUCAAUGGAGUUUGGGAAACUUCGGUUACAGCAUUCUCGUAGCUUUGUGGAAGAAAUGGAAGACGAAAUAACCUGGUACUCAACAUCGCCAAAGUCAUCGAAUUACACUCUUACCUCACGACUCGAUACCACUACUCCAACAAAGGCUGAGAAACCAGACGAUGGGAGCAAAACUCCGCCCAUAGAAAAUGUACCACCAUGUCAGGCAUUGCUCCCAGAGAUGGUUGUCUCUGAACACACUGUAUUCGAUGCACCUGCAUCUCCGGAACCUUUACCUGUCCAGAUAUCACGUCUGAUGGCACCUGCAGAAGUGGAGCCUAGUCUCACCGCCACAACUACAGCAGCUCUUCUACCACGCACUCCUGUGUCGAAGUCACGAAUACCUCGAGCCUUCACAGAGCCUUCGCCAAGGACUCCAAACAAGAUGAAUGAGUUGAAUGAGCAAGACCCCGCUUUCAUCAGGACUGUAAAUGCCAUGCGAUCUCUAGACAGUGCCAACGUUCGACGCAGGACAAUGAUUGCUUCUCCAAAGACCCCAGACAGCACCGGAAGUGCGAGAACGGGAAAGAGUACUCCUAUGACUAAGAGAAGGUACAUGUCUUUCGUCAACAGGCUUCGGGGAUGUGUUGAUGGCUGA